ACUUGAAGGAUCUCCCAGGCCCAUUUCCCGGGAAAUUCUCCAGGGAUGGCGGCCUCCGGGGUGGAGGCCCCCGAAGCCCUCCAACCCAAAACCUCCCGAUGGAAGAAGAAGAAGCCAGUCUACCGCACGGUCAGCCAAAUCUGCCCCCCUCCGAGGCGACCCCUGGCCAUAGCCGACCUGCGCCCAGGCAUGGAGAAUGAGAGGCUGGGGGUCUUAAGGGACUCCAUGCUACAGAACCCGCUUAUCUUAAAGGCUGAACUUGGCAAGCCUCGGGAAAGGAACAGUGCUCUGCCUGGAAUUGAUUUUAACUAUGGACUGUAUAUUCAUGGACUGGAUGGAGGAGUCCCAGAAGCCAUUGGACACUGGAAUGUUUUGAAACAGCAGCCCACCUCCCCCCAGGCUAUGACUCGGGAUUUUAUUGCCAUGAACCGUGGUGCAGUCAAGGCUGGUCUGGUGACAGCCAAGGAACAUUUCCUAUACCGCCAACUCAAUGAUAUACGCAGGAAUGACCAGGAUGAGAGGUGUUACAAAAAGGACCAGUCAUCUGUCCCUCCAGAUAUUACCUUUGGGAUCCGGGCACGGCCUUCCACACCCUUCUUUGAUCUGAUGCAGCACAAGUACCAGCAGCUAUGGAUACAGGAACAAAAAGCAGCCCAAAAGGCCAUUAAAAAGGAGAAAAAAAACAAGGUCACCCUUGGGAGGUUCUAUGAGACAAGGACCUGUCAACUGAGGAAGUAUAAACCACCAGUGAAACUGGACCCUCUUUGGCACAUGCCCCACUUUCAAAAGGUGAACCGCCAUCUUGAUACAUUCCCAUCUGAGAAAGCUCGCCAGAGUGCAUACAAAUCCCACUAUGAGGAGUUUUCAGUACGCCAAGGAACCCUGCGUAUGGGCAACUAUACCCAUCCCUAGACACUUGACUUUUAUAAAAACCCUUUUAGUGUGAUAGGAAAUUCCCUGGAUAGAUUUUAGAGUAUGGUGGGCCUGCCUUUUCUGCCCUUAUUGAGACAAAACCCCCAUGUCAUUUGAUGGGGAUUCUGCCUCUGUAAGGACCUCAGAAUCAGCCCUCAAGCCAAUGAUAUUUGAUGACUUCCUAUUUUUUUUUAGGUCAAAGUGCACUAGUACCUCCUUCCCACUUCCUCACUAGAGAAUCAUCUUCCCUUAGUAUCCUAAAUCAAUAGUCUAGCCCAUUCACUCUUCCCAUACCCUCUUCUGAUGUGAAGAACCUGAGUUUCAAGGCAUUUGUCCAAGGAACCAUGCCAAGGUCAGAUCACACAGCCUUGUAACACUCAAGGCUAUGAACAACAGACACUGGCUUUCCUACUGAGUAUAACAUCAACAUAGUCUGAGAUCCCCUGCUUUCUCUCCUGAACCUUAGUUCUCCUCUUUGGGUUUAUGACCAUAUGCAUGUGAGUGCCAGUUCUCUUGGUUCCAGUCUACCAUGGAUCCUUCUAGGAAGUCAUUGGAACCUUUAAGAUCUGGACUGUUCCGUUCUCCAAUGAUGCAUUAUCUCGAGAUCUAUGAAGUCAUUUCCAUUAUCCUUCAUCUAUGGGAAGGUUGCUAGGGUUAGCAUUAUUUAGAUCCCUUCCUAAAGAGAGAGAGACUUCCAAGGAAGAGAGAGGACCACAGGAAUGUGUUCUCAAUACAUAAUUGUUCUGGCUGAUUUCCUCAGCCAUUCUUCACAUUGUGAAAGUACCCCUUCCGUCUAUUCUCUAGUACCUUUUGUCAGAGCUUAUAUAUAGAGAUUCCACAGUUCUGUAUUUUAAUUAAAUACCUUGAUUUGCCA